AUGGAUGGGUCUGAUGAUGAGCAGGAACCUGAGCAAGUGGAGUUUAAUGCUAAGAGUGACAUGAGAAAUGUUGUACUGAAGAAGGAGAUGAAGUUCCCUAAUGCAAAGGUGUUCAGAGCUGCUUUGAGGGAGUAUGCAAUCAAAAAACCUAUUGACAUCAAAUUCAAGCUUAAUGAGAAGACCAAGAUAUCAGUUCACUGCAAGAAUGGGUGUGGGUGGAGAUGUUAUGCAUCUCAAAUAAGUGGAGAGCUAACAUUUCAAAUUAAGACCUUGACUGAUGACUGUACUUGUCCCAAGUCUUUCAAAAACAGCCAAGCAACAUCAGCUUAUGUUGCUAAGAGGUUCAUUGAGGAUUUUAGCAAAAAUCCAAAUUGGGAGGUGAGUGGUGUACACAACCAUGUGAUGCAAAAUUUAUCUGUUGACCUAAGUGUAAACCAAGUGUAUAGGUCAAAGAGAAAUGCAAAGGAUUUGAUAAAUGGAGAUGAGCAACUGCAAUAUGGUGUCCUUAGGGACUAUGCACAAAUGAUAACCACUGUAGACAAGGGGAGUAGGGUUAUAUUGCAGACAGAAAUGGCUGAGGAGACUUCCCAGCCAAAAUUUAAGAUGAUGUAUGUUAGGUUCAAUGCUCAGAAGGUAGGAUUUUUAGGUGGAUGCAGGCCAUUUAUAGGUUUAGAUGGUUGUCACAUAAAGCACAGAUUUGGUGGGCAAAUCUUAUCUGCCACUGCCAAGGAUGCAAAUGACAACAUUUUUCCAGUAGCCAUGGCUGUUGUGGAACAAGAAACCAGGGAGUCUUGGAUAUGGUUUUUGGAAAUUUUUGCUGAUGAUAUAGGGAGGCCAGAGGAGCUUCAGUUGGUCUUCAUUUUUGAUAGGCAAAAGGGGCUUAUACCUGCAAUAGAGACACUAUUCCCUACCGUGGAGCAUAGAUACUGUGUGAAACACAUCUACAACAAUUUCAAAGUUGAUCACAAGGGAUUGGAGCUGAAGGAUGCAUUGUGGAGGUGUGCUGCUGCCACAACAGUAAGGGAGUUUGAGAGAUGCAUGCAGUACAUAAGGGAUUUGGAUGAAAAGGCAUAUGAGUAUCUUGCAAACAUUGCACCUGCACAGUGGACAAGGUCACACUUCACUCAUAGGGCCUUAACAGAUUGUUUGGUAAAUAAUUUGAGUGAGUCUUUUAAUACAAUGAUAUUGAAUGGAUUAGGGUUAGACUUAUGA